CAAGCACACUCCUCGUGCUCUCCGCCAUCUCCAGACGUCUCAGAUCCGUUCUCCUUCCACCGAUCCAUCAAUGGCUUCUGUUACUGGAUCAUCGGUUUCCCUCGCCUCCUCCUUCAAGCAAAUCCAGGGGAUUAGCAGGGCAUCGAAUGUAAAGGCCCUUUCUUUUUCCUUCAACGGGAAGAACUACCCAUCUCUCCGAGUUCAGCCAAGUUCUCGACGACUUGUUGUGACUUCUGCGGCUACACCUGACACUGUUGACAAAGUGUGUAAAAUUGUGAAGAAGCAAUUGGCUCUUGCCCCCGAAACCGAAGUCACCGGAGAGUCAAAGUUUGCUAGUCUUGGUGCUGAUUCUCUUGACACUGUGGAGAUUGUGAUGGGGCUUGAGGAGGAGUUUGGAAUCACAGUGGAAGAAGAAAGUGCUCAGAGUAUUGCUACCGUUCAAGAUGCUGCAGAUCUGAUUGAGAAUCUGAUAGCCAAGAAAGCUUAAAUGUUACCCCAAUUUUCCAGAUUUGGCGGACUCUAGUUUAUUAGGGAGACAUCACCAUAAGUCUUUCUCUUAGUAUGUUUGUGGUUCAUUAAAACCUUGUUGUAUUUCGCUGUUUUUUUAUAUUUAAUUUGAUGAUAUGUCAUAUUUCGGAUAUUUGUCACCUGAACUGUAAUCAAAGCAUAAAUCCUAAAGAUUUCAUCUUCUUUUUGUUCUAAUCGAGUCAUACUAAUUAACUAUUAAAUAUGUAUUAAUAUAUGAGUUUGUAUUCAAAAGUACUAUUGAAGUGAAAGUUAUUUUCAAAAAUA